AUCUGGUAACACUGGCCGCUCGCACAUGUUGAAAACGUAAACAAAAACGAGUAGCACAAUUUUUGAAAAUGACCAGGAAAAAGGCUCCUAAGAAAAAAACAGAGGUUGUAUUCGACAACAAGAAACGCAUAGAGUUUCUCAGUGGCUUCCGGAAAAGAAAGAAUGAGCGACGAUCGCGUGCAAAGGCGGAUCUGGAAAGAAACCUUAAGAACGAGCGCAAGCGCAUACGGCAGGAGGUAAAGGAUGGCUUUAACCACCUGAAGAAAUCCUUCGAACCGCUGCGCGAGCUCACCGAGGAGGACAAGGCCGAGGAGGCGGAGCAGCAGCAGGAGGAGACCUACGAAGAUGAUGAAGUGCAGGUGAAGAUCGUGGAGCUGACCACCAACGAUCUGGCCGCCAAGCGCAAUAUGUUGGGUGCCAACACGGCAGAGGAAAGCGAACCGGAGGAGCAGGCUGACCAGAGCGAGGAGGACGAAGCCGACCAGGCCAAUAGGAUACCCGGCAUGGAUUUCGAUCCCAACGCCCGCAAACGUAAACCCAAGCCGGAGGACGAAGAGGAGCCGAAGGCCACAAAGUCCAACAACUCCACGCUGCCGGACAUCAAGAGCAAAAAGGAUCUCGACCGCCUGAUGAAGACCAAAACGCUGAAGAAAAUGCACCAGAGCAAACUGUUCAAGCAGAAGGAGCGCCUGGACAAGAAGAACAACCAGAAGAAGGCCAAGCGGGACCGCAACAACACCAUCAAGAGCGUUCCCAAGCAUCAGCGCAAGCAGCUCAAGUACGGAAAGGCCAACCAGACCAAAUACCGAAAGGGUCGGAUGGUCAACAAAAAGGAGCUGCGGCGCAAACGGAAUGCCGACUAAAUUUAGCUUUUAGCAUAGUUUGUUUUACGGUUUAUUUACUAUUACUCUAGUUAAUCAAAUAAACUGUAUAAUUCCUGGCUUGUACAAU